AAGCCACCUUCCUUAUGUGUGGUGCUCACAAGGGCAAGCAGGAUUGGAUCCACAGGGUCCUAGCUGGGAUGAGACAGGCCAGAUGCUGCCUUGUGGGGAGGUGAGGGAUGUCUCUCUGCCAGAUUUGGGAGUUUUAGGCUCUCCAACUACCCAGUCGUUUUGUGAGGUUCUAAGUCCAGGACCCCUGGGAAUGGUACAAAAUCAGACCCCAAUGGCCCUGGGUCAGUGCCUGGUGUAAGGCGCCUGUGUCCCCUCAGUACCCAAUGUGGCUGGUGGGCAGCGUGAGAGGCGAGGUACCGUCUGGCUGGAUUGAGAGCCAAAGAGAAGGAGCUUAAUUCCGUCGCUUCCGAGCUGUCUGCACGGCAGGAGGAGAGUGAACAUUCUCAUAAACAUUUAAUUGAACUCCGCCGGGAAUUUAAGAAAAAUGUACCUGAGGAAAUCAGAGAGAUGGUGGCACCCGUAUUAAAAAGCUUCCAAGCUGAGGUGGUGGCCCUUAGUAAGAGAAGUCAGGAGGCGGAGGCGGCCUUUCUGAGUGUUUACAAGCAAUUAAUUGAAGCACCAGACCCUGUGCCUGCAUUUGAGGUGGCGCGCAGCCUAGACGACAGACUGCAGCCCCCCAGCCUUGACUCCAGUGGACAGUCCCGGCGAGACGUCCACGCCUCGUGGAAAAGGCACCCCGAGCUCCUCGGCCCCAAAGAGCAGAAAGAAGGGCCCACGCUGACCGAGGGGACCCGCCUCCCGGGUGGUGCCGGGAAAGCCCUCCUGACCGAAACCUUGCUGCAGAGAAAUGAGGCCGAGAAACAAAAGGGCCUCCAAGAAGUACAAAUCACUCUGGCAGCCAGACUGGGGGAGGCAGAGGAGAAAAUUAAGGUGCUGCAUUCAGCGUUAAAAGCCACGCAGACCGAGCUAAUAGAGCUGCGGAGGAAAUACGAUGAGGAGGCAGCAUCCAAGGCAGAUGAAGUCGGCUUGAUCAUGACCAACCUGGAGAAAGCUAACCAGCGCGCAGAGGCCGCCCAGCGGGAAGUGGAGAGUCUCCGGGAGCAGCUCGCCUCGGUCAACAGCUCCAUCCGCCUGGCCUGCUGCUCCCCGCAGGCACCCAGCGGGGAGAAGGUGGGCUUCGCACUGUGCUCAGGGCCUCGGCUGGAGGCGGCCCUGGCCUCCAAGGACAGGGAGAUCCUGCGGCUGCUGAAGGAUGCACAGCACCUCCGCAACUCACUGCAGGAGCUGGAGGAGGCCUCGGCCAGCCAGAUCGCCGACCUGGAGCGGCAGCUCACAGCCAAGUCUGAGGCCAUAGAGAAGCUGGAAGAAAAGCUCCAGGCCCAGUCUGACUACGAGGAGAUUAAGACAGAGCUGAGCAUCCUUAAAGCCAUGAAGCUGGCCUCCAGCACCUGCGGCCUGCCCCAGCCCUGCUUCCUGUCUCCUCAGGGCAUGGCCAAGCCCGAGGACUCCCUGCUCAUGGCGAAGGAGGCCUUCUUCCCCACGCAGAAGUUCCUUCUGGAGAAGCCCAGCCUCCUGGCCAGCCCUGAGGAGGACCCAUCAGAAGACGACUCCAUCAAGGAUUCGCUGGGUGCCGAACCACCCUACCCCUCCCCACAGCAGCUCCCACCUCCGCCGGGGCCUGAAGACCCCCUGUCCCCCAGCCCUGGGCAGCCCCUGCUGGCCUCCGGCCUUGGGCCUGAUGGCCCACGGACUUUCUCGCUGUCCCCCUUCCCCAGCCUGGCCUCAGGGGAGAGACUGGCCGGGGAUGCGCUGCUGCCCAAGCACGUGAUGCCCCCGGCUGCCUUCAAGGGGGAGGCAGGCAGCCUGCUGGUGUUCCCGCCAGCCUUCUACAGCACCAAGCCCCCUGCAGCCCCCGCCACCCCAGCACCUGGCCCCGAGCCCCCCGGACCCCCUGAGCAAGCAGAUGGCGUCGGGGGCAGCACAGCGGCCGCCGGGGCAGAGGAGGAGCAGCUGGACACGGCGGAGAUCGCCUUCCAGGUGAAGGAGCAGCUGCUCAAGCACAACAUCGGGCAGCGGGUGUUUGGCCACUACGUGCUGGGGCUGUCGCAGGGCUCAGUCAGCGAGAUUCUGGCCAGGCCCAAGCCCUGGCGCAAGCUCACAGUGAAGGGCAAGGAGCCCUUCAUCAAGAUGAAGCAGUUCCUGUCGGAUGAACAGAACGUGCUGGCCCUGCGGACCAUCCAGGUGCGGCAGCGAGGCAGCAUCACCCCAAGAAUCCGCACGCCGGAGACAGGCUCAGACGAUGCUAUCAAGAGCAUCCUGGAACAGGCCAAGAAGGAGAUCGAGUCGCAGAAAGGGGGCGAGCCCAAGAAUUCCGCGGCGCCCUUGAGCGUGGCCAACGGCGGCACGGCGGCAGCCAGCACCUCGGAGGACGCCAUCAAGAACAUCCUGGAGCAGGCGCGCCGCGAGAUGCAGGCCCAGCAGCAGGCCCUGCUGGAGAUGGAGACCGGGCCCCGAGGCCGCUCCGUGCCCCCCUCGCCCCCCGAGCAGCGGCCGUCGCUGGCGGCCGGGAGCCAGAACGGGGCCCCGGCCUUCGUCAAGCAGGAGGACGGCGCAGGCGGCGGGGCCACCAGCAGCAGCGCCACGCAGACGCCGCUCACCGUGCUGUCCCCCGCCGCCUUCGUGCAGAGCAUCAUCCGCAAGGUCAAGUCCGAGAUCGGCGACGCCGGCUACUUCGACCACCACUGGGCCUCGGACCGCGGCCUGCUCGGCCGCCCCUACGCCUCCGUGUCGCCCUCGCUGUCCUCCUCCUCCUCCAGCUACUCCGGCCAGCCCAACGGGCGCGCCUGGCCCCGCGCCGACGAGGCCCCCGGGCCGCUGGAGGACGAGGCAGCGGCCGAGGACGAGGCGCCCCGGGCCGGCGAGCUCAAGGCGGAGGGCGCCGAGGCGGGCGGCGGGCGGCUGGCCUACUACCCGGCCUACGUGCCGCGCGCGCUCAAGCCCACCGUGCCGCCGCUCACGCCCGAGCAGUACGAGCUGUACAUGUACCGCGAGGUGGACACGCUGGAGCUCACGCGCCAGGUCAAGGAGAAGCUGGCCAAGAACGGCAUCUGCCAGCGCAUCUUCGGCGAGAAGGUGCUGGGCCUGUCGCAGGGCAGUGUGAGCGACAUGCUGUCCCGGCCGAAGCCAUGGAGCAAGCUGACACAGAAGGGGCGGGAGCCCUUCAUCCGCAUGCAGCUGUGGCUCUCAGACCAGCUCGGCCAGGCCGCAGGCCAGCAGCCCAGCGCCUCCCAGGCCAGUCCCACAGAGCCCAGGUCCUCGCCGUCACCACCUCCAAGCCCCACAGAGCCUGAGAAGAUCUCCCAGGAGCCUCUGAGCCUGUCGCUGGAGAGCAGCAAGGAGAACCAGCAGCCAGAGGUCCGCUCUGGCUCCAUGCUGAGUGGGAAGAUGUACUCGGGCGGCCAAGCCACAGGGGGCAUCCAGGAGAUUGUGGCCAUGUCCCCAGAGCUGGACACAUACUCCAUCACCAAGAGGGUCAAGGAGGUCCUCACGGACAACAACCUAGGGCAGCGGCUGUUUGGGGAGAGCAUCCUGGGCCUGACCCAAGGCUCCGUGUCUGACCUGCUAUCCCGGCCCAAACCCUGGCACAAGCUGAGCCUGAAGGGGCGAGAGCCCUUUGUCCGCAUGCAGCUGUGGCUCAAUGACCCCCAUAACGUGGAAAAGCUGAGGGACAUGAAGAAGCUGGAGAAGAAAGCCUACCUGAAGCGCCGCUACGGCCUGAUCAGCACCGGCUCGGACAGUGAGUCCCCGGCUGCGCGCUCCGAGUGCCCCAGCCCCGGCCUGCAGCCGCAGGACCUGAGCCUCCUACAGAUCAAGAAGCCCCGCGUGGUGCUGGCACCUGAGGAGAAGGAGGCGCUGCGCAAGGCCUACCAGUUGGAGCCCUACCCCUCGCAGCAGACCAUCGAGCUGCUGUCCUUCCAGCUCAACCUCAAGACCAACACGGUCAUCAACUGGUUCCACAACUACAGGUCCCGGAUGCGCCGGGAGAUGUUGGUGGAGGGGACCCAGGAUGAGCCAGACCUCGACCCCAGUGGGGGUCCUGGCGUCCUGCCGCCAGGCCACACCCACCCGGACCCCACCCCACAGAGCCCAGACUCGGAGGCUGAGGACCAGAAGCCCGCUGUGAAGGAGCUAGAGCUGCGGGAGGGCUGCGAAGACGGCGGCGCAGCACUGGCUGGCCCGGACAGGGCGCACGUGCAGAUCAAGCAAGAGCAGACCGAGGAGGGUGCUGAGGAGGAGGCAGGCAGCCAGCCCCGGGACUCAGGGGAGCCUGACAGAGGCCGCGGGCCUCCCCCAGAGGAGCAGCCCGGCCCCCUGGGCAGUGAAGAGCUCCCGCAGGUGGCCACAGGGCCCCUCCCGGGCGGGGCCACCCCAGACUGCCCCUCACUACACCCUGCCCAGGAGAGUGAGGCCAGGGAGCGGCUCCACUCGGACCCUUUAAGUUUUAAGUCAGCCUCGGAGUCCUCACGCUGCAGCCUGGAGGUCGCUCUGAACUCACCCUCAGCAGCAUCCUCACCGGGCCUCCUGAUAUCUGUGUCACCUGUCCCCUCUUCCUCGGCCCCCAUCUCUCCAUCCCUGCCCGGCGUCCCCCCUGCCAAAGUGCCGAGUGCCAGCCCCACUGCUGAUACAGCGGGGGCCUUGCACCCCAGCGCCAAGGUGAACCCCAAUCUGCAGCGGCGGCACGAGAAGAUGGCCAACCUGAACAGCAUCAUCUACCGACUGGAGAGGGCUGCCAACCGGGAGGAGGCCCUGGAGUGGGAGUUCUGAAAGCGGGGUGAGGGGGCCAGGGUGCCCCCCUUGGCCACCUACUGGCACUCACUCUUCUGGACAGAACUCCCCAUCCAAAUGUGGACAGCAAUGUUAUGCCGUUUAUGUUUUUUGUUGUAAUCCUAGAGCUACAAAGUUGUGAGUGAGCAGGUGAGGCAGAUGCACUGCCCCCUCCUUUGGCAUCCCCUGCCCAGGGGCGCCAGGAAUCCUGCCCCUCCUUCCCACCCUCACCCCUCUGCAAGAGGCAGGAGCAAAAUGGCACCACAUUUUCACCCCAAAACUCCAAACUCUUUUAGAAAAAAAAUAAAGAAAUAUUUAUAGACCUCUUUUAGAUAUUUUAAUAAAGGAUCCUUUGGAAUUUAUUCCCAGCCAAUGCUGUUUUGAUAUUACAGAGAAUUAUGAAAUCAGGAUGCUGUCACAACUGUUGCAAAGUAGACACUGAAAUUGUGUCUUUUUUUUGCCACUAGAUGAGAUUAAAAGAAGAUAAUUGUUCAAAGCCAUCAUAAAACACUAUAAGACUGACCAAAUUUAGACAACCUUUGAACCACGGUUUUCCCCCCACACCUGUCUGUGAGACACAGUGCGUUGCUACUGCCCUUCCAGAAACCGUGCAGAAAAGAGAAAAGUCCAAAAGACUCUAAAUAAAACCUCGAUGCCGUUGAGGACGUGUUCCGUUCUGGUGGUCUCUUUGCAACCUUGGUAACCCAGACUGUCCUGUUCUGCGGUCAGUGUUGUGGAGAUGUGGCCAGGUCGUCCUGUAGGAGAUGCAGCACCGUACGACACAAACUGCUCACACUCUCCGAGCCAGAAAGCUGUGGGUAUGGAGAUCAAACAUCUCUCUCAUCCAUCUGCAGACAAGACCUAGGAAAGCUGGGUGUGGGGGCAGGUGUCAGAGAGCCAUGCUUGAGCCAGAGUGACCCCACUUCCCAACCUGAAUCAUGGCCACCCCAGGAAGUUUCCCCACGAGGAUGAGCAUGAGCAUCCCCGAGAAGACUGCAGCUGCCACCUCCCUCCUGUGUUCACUGGAAGCAGCAGUGUUGAUCACCCCACAAGCCCUAAAGCUUAACAACCAGCACCAAAAAGUAAACUCAUCAAACCAGAAGCCCCCAAGUCUUUGGUCUUAGGUUUGAACUUGGAAGUUCUCUGCCAACUUGGAAGAUAUCUCUGGAAGGCACCCGCAACUCCAAGUCCAUAUGAAAUCCAACUCCAAGUCCAAUCUUGGAACUUGGAAGAUAUCUCUGGAAGGCACCCACAACUCCAAGUCCAUAUGAAAGUCUGAAAGGCCAAGGUCAUCACAGCAUAUCCACUGUCCCAACGUCCACACUCACCUUCCUUUCCAGCGCAUGGCCUUCUGGGAGCAAAGACUCAGCUCCCCAACUCCGAGGAGCCCUUCUUCCAGCAUCUCUGUCACAGCUUUUAGGGGGACAUUGCACCAUUGUGGAAUGGCCACCAUAUUCGUUUUUGAAUCCCUCUUGUUUUCAAAUUCUGUGGAAGAGCCAAGUUGGGUGACUUCCCAGAAGGAACAUGAACAGGUGACCAUAACUGAUGCCAGUCCAAUGUCAGAGGGAGAGGGACAGAGUGAGAUGGAUUCCAUGAACAUUUGGAACCACACAGGCAAAACCCCAUGACUAGCAAGGGACAAAUGACAAGUAUACUAGAAUCUCAUGUACCCAGCCAGGCUGCAGUCUCCACACCAAAACAGCUGACGUCCAACACUCCCCGAAGGAGAACCUUCUUUUCCAUACACCCAGGCUAUGCAUUGAAGAGUUUUCCACUGUAGACAUUUUUAUCCAGAUGAAGGUAUUUUUAUAUUGUGACAAUAGGAAACAGUGACCAAGUUUCAGAGUAACCCUGUCUGGAACAAACAAAACAUCUCCUUUUAGCCACGACCACCCUGUUGCAAUUAGACACCCAUGAGGGAAACACCACUUUUUACUCUUGAAACCAAUAAAACCUUGAAAUCCAGGCUUCCAUGCAGACUCCGAUUCAAGAACUCACUUUGGCUUUAGUGUGACGGGAUUUGAUCAAGCACUUAGUCUAGUCUUUUGAACACAGAAAUCCUGUUGUACUUAAAGCUGCCGGACCUGUGAACACCUUUGUCUGGUUCACGUCCUGCAACGGUAAAGAAUAAAAAUUUAAAAAAUUUAAAAACUCACAAAACCGUUUCUAUGAGAGAUUGAUGAACUUUGUUUAAAGUUUAAAAAAAAGGAACACAUUCUGUAAACAAGUCACUAAAUACAGAAUUGUAUAAUAA